AAAUAUAAAUCGCAUUUUGAAUAUUAAAUAUGUCAGGACAUGGAAGGAAACCGGUUAAACUGCCGUCAUUUGUUAAUUCCCAUGAAGAAUUAGAAAAACUCUUCGCCUCUUGUCCAUUUAUGUCUGUACUGUUAUCACAACCGAAUAUGAAAGAUCAGAAACCGGUGAAACAAGUAAAGAAAGUGUCGAAAGAUGAGAAAAUCACGAAAAAGUCAAAUGAUAAGGACAGUACAGCGGUAGAAUCCAACGAUAAUUCUAUCGAGAAAGAAAUUUCUACAAAGUCUAAUGAAACAACCGAAGAAGUAAAACAAACUAAAGAUACCUGUAACAAUGACAAUCCUCGGAAUGCAGAAAUCAUUAAACAACAAAAUGAAUUGAACAUUGAACAGUAUAGCGUUAAAAUUGUACAAGAUAAUGCUAGUAAUAAUAUACUCAAUCUUCUAAAAAAGUUACAAUUAAAUGAACAAUUUAAAACAUUAACAAUUGAUGAACAAAAUGAAGAGAAUGAAAUACGUCAAAAACAAUUGAACAAAUUAUAUUGUUUAAUUCAGUCAAAUCCAGAGCAUUAUGGUGAAUUGUCUAUUCAAGAUAUUAAUGAACAAAUGUCACAUUUCUAUUUAUAG